GCUGACAGGAUGACAUCACACAAAGCAGUGACCCUCCCACCUGCAGCUCUGCAUAUCAGCUAUAUGAGACUCUGCUAGUUUCUGUCUCACAGAACAUGGAUAUAAUCAUCCUUCAACGAGGCCUCCUCACACUGUCAGUCUUUGUGCUCUGGACUUCAGGUCUGACUGAUGGAAGUGAUGUCACCCAGACUGACACACUGUGGGAGAAACAGGGUGACAGUGCAACAAUACACUGCAAUCACACAAAGGGUUUUCAGUAUUCCCAGAUGUACUGGUACAGACAGCUGCCAGGAGAAACUAUGAAACUAAUCGUGUUCACAAGAAGUGGCAAUGAAAAUCAUGAUUUUGGAGAUUUCAACAACGGGAAAUUUGCAGCCACCAAGCCCAACGCUGAGAGUGGGACAUUCACAGUGAAGAAUCUGGAGCCAGAAGAUAAAGGAUUGUAUUUCUGUGCUGGGGACCUCGAGGACCACAAACCAUCCAAGUUACACUUUGAUUCACCAUGUGGUUUUGAUAAGGCAGCGAGCAGGAGCAGAGAACGCCACACACUGCAGAGACCCUCCUACAACUCUUCAUAUCUCUGUCUGACUGAUGGAAGUGAUGUCACCCAGACUGACAUACUGUGGGAGAAACAGGGUGACAGUGCAACAAUACACUGCAACCAGACCAAGGGUGUUGACUAUUCCCAGAUGUACUGGUACAGACAGCUGCCAGGAGAAACUAUGAAACUAAUCGUGUUCACAUCAGCUGCCAGAGAAAAUCAUGAUUUUGGAGAAUUCAACAACGGGAAAUUUGCAGCCACCAAGCCCAACGCUGAGAGUGGGACAUUCACAGUGAAGAAUCUGGAGCCAGAAGAUAAAGGAUUGUAUUUCUGUGCUGUGAGUCAACACAGUGAUACAGACACAUUCAACAGCUGA